GUAGGGAACGAUUUUCCCAUUUGCUGAUAAUUGAAUGUCUUUUUCUGGCUGCAUUCCCGCGAGUUUGGAAACACGCAAAAAUGAAACGUUGUCAGAACGUGAUGUAGUUUUGCUUGGAAAAGCGUUUGAAGAAUGCGUUGUAUACACUUGGCCCGAGUUUUGUAGGAAGUUUCUCAAUUUAAGCCGGGCAGAUUGUCAAAAUAUUGAAGCAGAUAAUACUGAAUUGCCAACUCAGAUAAGGGAAAUGUUUCAAAAAUGGAAAGAGAAUGAACAAGAGGGUGCUACAAUUGAAAAUAUCUCUGGUAUUUUGCAUAAAUGUGUAAUCGGCAUCAAGCAAAUAUGGUGGAAUUCAUACAGAGAUGAACAAGAUGGGAAGUUUUUAGAAGAUAGGAAGAUGAUGGAAACAUACUUUCAAAAACUGUCAGAUUGUCCCUUUACACCAGAGGAGUGGUCUAAACUGGUUGUCAAACUUGGAUUAAGUAAUAAUCACAUGGAAAACAUGGAGUCCCGUCACAGACAUAACAAAUUCUCUCAACGACUAUCUCUACUUGAAGGAUGGGUACAGAUAAAAGGAUAUGAAACAGCUACAAUUCCUGCUUUGCAAGCUGCAUUAAAGGAUUUGAAACUUCGUCGCAUUAUUUGCGAAAUAGCAGGUCUUGAAGGCAGAAACAACACUCCGCAUAAAGUAUAUGAACAUUUCUUGGAGGACGAGUGGGAUCGUAUCUUCAGCAAACUCGAAGAGGAUCAAAAAAGGUCCAUCAUCAACAGUCUCCUCCAAAGUGAAGAGGACCCCACUGAAGAGAGAGAGGAAAAUGCUUUCCAAUCUGUUAUGAGUAAAGGAAAUGCUGGAUUUCACAAUUUCAUUAAAGUUCUCACUGAUAAUUUGCCACCUGCCACCAACAUACAAAGCACCCUCCAGCAUUUUUUUAUUGAUUCCAACUACGCCAACCUAUUCCACAUGAAGAAAGCAAAUAUUCUCGCUGCCCAUUUCACUGAAAACAACAACUACAGGGUUGUCAAAGAAAAGUUAGAUCAAGGUACAAGGCAUGUUCUUCUGCAUGGAAUGCCAGGGUCGGGCAAGUCUCAACUUGUCUGUGCGUAUGUGAAACACUUCAACAUUCAACACCCAAGCUCUAUUAUUUGGUCUAUUGAAUGCAAGGAUCACUCAGCAAUGGAUGCCUCUCUUGUUUCGCUCCGUAAAGCCGUUUUUAGCAGCCAACUUCUUUCCGAAGGUCAGCAUGAUUGGAGAGAGGUUUUUGUGCAACUUAAAAAAACAGGUGUUCACAUUCUUCUACUGCUUGAAGACCUGCAGAAGGGCAUGGAUGAUUGGAGUGAAAAUCUUCAGACUGUCGUCGACUCUGUGUUGAACUAUGAUAAGUCCUACAUUAUAGGAACCUCAAGGAAUGCUCUUACUAUCCGCGAUUUCGAUCUGCACAAAGUUAAUGGCUUUACUUUGGACGAAGCAGUCAAUUUUCUGAUGCAAGACAGAGAAGCAUCUGAGGAUGAGGAUGAACCAUGGGCCAAAAAGAUAGCGGAAAAAUACAGCUGUCUGCCAUUAGGACUCGCUCCUGCAUAUGCAUACUGCAAAAAUCUGUGCUUUUCUUACAAGGAUUAUUAUGAUGUGUUGCUGGAAGAAUCCGAAUCACCAGAAUUGGAAUACGCUAACAAAAGUAUCAUUGCUACAAUGGUUUUGUGCCUUGGCAAGAUAAACGUAAUGAGAGUCGGACCUAGUGAAGUUGAUUUAAAGGCAGUUUUCUCCAUGGUAGCAUUCUUGCAUCACGAAAUCAUACCUGUAUACUUAUUCAGAGAGAUGAUUUCAAAGCCACGCAUUCUGUAUGCAGAGUUAGAGCAUGCUGAGCAACAGCCAUUAGUUCCUGCCAUUAGUAAAGCAAAUGUGACAAGGGCUUUGUUGGAAUUAUUAAACCAGUUGAAAAACUCAUCCAUAGUGGUUGACAGUGGUGAACAAAAUCUCAAUACUCGUUACAUCAGUACACACGAAGUGGUGCAGUUAGCAUUGACAAAUAUGCUGAAAAGGGAAGGCAGUGAGAAUCAUCAUCUGCUUAAUGCUCUGUAUUGCUUGUCGUGCUAUUUCCAGAAAGACAACAGACUCCACACCCAGCAUAACCAGCUCCUUGUUUUAUUACCACACGUCACUAAAGCUUUAUCUUUGGCUACAAAUAAGUUUAACGAACGAAGAGCUGAUCCGAGAAAAUUAGGAAAAGAAGAAAUGAUGCAGCAUAUGAUUAUCCUUCGCUUGCUGGAGGUUAAGGGAUUUGCGUGCACCCAGAGCGACAUGAUCAAAGAGGCCGAAGAAGCAUUGCAGCAAGCCCAUGAUCAGAUGCUGAAUCUACUAUGUGCUGCUGGUGGUAUUACCCUUGAUAGUUUAGACGCUACAGUGCAGGAAAGAAUCUUGGAAGGCAAUGGCCCCGACACUGUAAUUGAAACAAGAGCUAGGGUUUUGUAUCAGUUCUGUGAGAGAGCAGUGUCAGAUAUUCCUCCUGAAACCUUCGAUAGGUUGCUUCAUACAAUUGUUUUAAAUGAGGAGGAUAUAGAACUCCUCACAAGAAGUGAGGAAGGGUGGACCCCGUUGAAAGCAAACACCCCACUUACCAGUGAGGACCUAGAGGAGCUCAGAAGGCAUGGGCUUGCAAAAGACAACAAGAAACUGAAAAGUGUGUAUCUGGCUGAGCAGCUGGCCUCUAUUCUGUAUACCAGAGGCCGGCUUAUGUUUUAUAAAGGCUUUGAAGGUGAUAAAACUGAAUACAUCAAGUACAUCAAGCUUGCAAAUUAUGUAGCACGAGAGGUUAAGAAAGAGACUGGAAUUAGACUUCUCCAUUUGCUGAUUACUGAAACCAAUGGCUUGCUGUACAUUAAACUUGCUAUCAAUGGAAAAUCAGAUGAAGAAAAACGAACAGAUUAUCAAUAUGCGUAUAGGCGUUACAAAGAACUUUGUGAAUCCAAUUACCAAUAUUUUGAGCAUGGUAUUUUGAAAGAAGAUGGUAAAACUAGCUACCAUAUCAUGAGAUGUUACAAGCAAAUGAUGACUGCUAAUAUAAAACAACUGGAACUACCAGAACAGGAGGUGCAAACAAAUUGGUUUGAGGUUUGUGAAUUGUUUGAUGAAAUAGUAAAGAAUCACCCAGCAUACGGAAAAACCGCCACAGAAGGUCUUAUUGUGGCGGGUGAAUUGUACCACAAGGGUGGGCAGUGGCACAAAGCCCUGGAGUUCUAUAAAAAAGCCAUGGAUAGGGUAAAAGACAAGGAGCAAACCUACAAGAAAGAACUCUUUUUAGCCACAGAGAAGUUUACAGAAGCUUCUCUUGAAGCAUUUGAAAACAAUGUUGAUGACAAAAGGGUUUUCUGUACUGAAGCUAUUGAACGGUGCAACAAGGCCAGGCUGUUGGUUCCUCGACACGAAAACAGCAGAAAAUUAAAGGAAUUGUCCAAAAAAGUGAAACAUGCUUUGGAAAACCCUGGGGUUGCAAGUGUUGCAAAGCGCCCUCGGAAUGAAUAAAUUUGUGCAUUAGAGUACUUUGAAUCAUACUUAACUGUUAAUAUUUGGGAAACACUUUUUGCCAUUUGUGCUACAUUGAGGUAUAAAAUACCCAACAUAUAACAUAAAGCAUUUUCCAUGUUUAUGCAUAGCAUGUUUUUAACAACAGUGGGCAGAAAGUUUUUUUUUAUGAAUAUAAUUUCCUCUUCAAAGAAUUUAAAAAAUAAAUAGAUUCUUUAAUAAUUCGCUAAAAAUAAAUCUUUUAUGCAAUGAUUAUGCUAAAGCUCUUUAAUUGAUGUAAUUUUGCACUUUUUAUACAGAAAAAUUUUUAUGCAACUUUUUUAAAUCUGUUUUAAAUUAUGUGCCAAUUCUUCCAUUUGUAUUUCUGCACUUGUGUUUUUAGUAUAAUGUUUUAUAGUAACUGAUUAACUUUACGUAAUACUUCAAGAAUAUUAUCUAUGGUUUCAUUUUAUGUCCUUUAGGUAUGCUAUUUUAGAUAAGUUCCAAAAUGUUUAUAUUAAAAAUGUUUUACUGUACUUGUAAUUAAGAUGUAAUAUAAAAUUAUUUUGUCAACUUAGUCAUGUACUUUCAGUUUAUGGUGGAACAUUAUGGAAAAAGUAGUCUGCUCUGUUGAAAUGGAAAUGAAUUUACAGCAUAUGUUUUGAAAUUUUGUGUUGAACAAUUUUAUCUAAAGCAUUUUGUAUUAUGGGGUCAAAUAAAGAAAUCACAUAUUGAA